CACAGACCUGAGAAGAGGAAACUUGUGGGCCAGCCACCUAGUUCAGCCUGUGUUACAGUGAGGAAGAGCUGCUUAGGAGAAAAUGAAGCCCUUGUCCCUGUUAAUAGAGAUAUUGAUUCUUGGGGUCACAAUUAAAAAUAUUGAAGCAGAAAAACAUCAUAAAAAGCAAAAAGAAAGAAAUGUCACCACACAGGUAUCAGUGAAUGAAAUCAAACAACUUUUAUCACAUAUAUUGGAACAAAGAAAAUUGAGUAAGAUAAUCAAUGAAAGAAAAAAUCUCUUAGAAAAAAAGAAGAAUCAAAGUCAAAUAAGAAUAAGAGGAAUUCAGAAUAAAAAUCUGUUGAAGAGACAUAAAAAUCAUGUAAAAAGUCAAGCAAAGAAAAAUGUCACAGAUGAAGGAGACCAUCUGUUUAAGAUGGGCAUCAAGAUUCUCCAGCAGUCUAAAAGCCAAAAACAAAAAUCAGAAGCCUACUUAUUCUUUGCCAAAGCAGCUGACAUGGGAAACUUGAAAGCUAUGGAGAAAAUGGCUGAUGCUUUGCUAUUUGGAAAUUUUGGCACGCAAAACAUAACGGCAGCUAUCCAAUUAUAUGAAUCCUUGGCUAAAGAAGGAUCAUACAAAGCUCAAAACGCAUUAGGAUUUUUGUCUUCUUAUGGAAUAGGAAUGGAAUAUGAUCAAGCCAAGGCACUAAUAUAUUACACCUUUGGAAGUGCUGGAGGAAGCAUGAUGUCCCAGAUGAUCUUGGGGUACAGAUAUUUGUCAGGAAUCAAUGUUCUACAGAAUUGCGAAGUUGCCCUAAAUCAUUACAAGAAAGUGGCAGAUUAUAUUGCUGACAAAUUGGAAAAAACUGAAGGUAUCCCAGUGGAAAAAGUGAGACUCACCGAAAGACCUGAAAAUCUGAGUUCUAACAGUGAGAUUUUGGAUUGGGACAUAUAUCAAUACUAUAAAUUUUUGGCAGAAAGAGGAGAUGUUCAGAUACAAGUAUCUCUUGGACAAUUACAUCUAAUUGGGAGGAAAGGUCUAGAUCAGGAUUACUACAAAGCAUUAUACUAUUUCCUAAAGGCAGCAAAGGCAGGGAGUGCGAAUGCCAUGGCGUUUAUAGGAAAGAUGUAUUUAGAGGGGAAUGCUGCAGCACCCCAAAAUAAUGCUACUGCCUUCAAAUACUUUUCCAUGGCAGCCAAUAAGGGUAAUGCAGUUGGUCUCCAUGGGCUUGGUCUUCUUUACUUUUAUGGAAAAGGAGUUCCUGUGAAUUAUGCUGAAGCACUUAAAUACUUUCAGAAAGCUGCAGAGAAAGGAUGGCCCAACGCACAGUUUCAGUUAGGUUUCAUGUACUACUCUGGCUCUGGAGUAUGGAAGGAUUAUAAACUUGCCUUCAAAUAUUUUUACUUGGCAUCUCAGAGUGGGCAUCCCCUAGCCAUUUAUUAUCUGGCCGAGAUGUACGCAACAGGAACAGGAGUUUUAAGAUCCUGCAGAACUGCUGUGGAGAAAAGGCUAAAAUUCUUGAGAAAGAGAAGAUGUAUCCAAUGGCACUUCUUCUGUGGAAUCGAGCUGCCAUUCAAGGACAUUCACUUGGCCAGGAGAUUAUAUGACAUGGCUGCUCAGACAAGUCCAGAUGCACACAUACCUGUCUUCUUUGCCCUCAUGAAACUGGAAACUGUGCAUUUCCUCCGAGAUAUCCUGUUUUUUAACUUUACAGUGAGAUGGAAAUGGAUGAAAUUGGAUGAUACCCUUGGACCAUACUGGGAUUUAUUUGUGAUUGGCCUGAUUGUUGCCUUGCUGAUCAUCUUGCUUAGAAAUCACCGUGGGUAGGAUCUGAAUCAUGAGAAAUCCUGCUCUGUGGAAACAGUUCACUCCAAGGCAUCCUUGCUAAAUAAAGAAUUUCCUCACCAAAAUCAAGUCAGCUCCAGAUUGCCUACA